AUGGGUGAGGGGUUUGGUGGGUUGGUGUUGGGUUGUGGAGGGGUUGGUUGGGGGUUGUGGAGUGUGGGGGGGUGGGGGGUGGGGGGGUUGGGGGGGGGAGGUAGUGGGGUUUUUGGGGGUGGUUGGGGGGGGAUGGGGUGGGGGGGGGGUUUUUGGGGGUGGGUUUGUGAGAGAUUAGUAUUUGUUGUGUGGGGUGUGGGGGGUGGGGGGGGAUAUGGGGGUGUAUAA